AAGGUCAGCAUCAAUUUUGAUUCGUAAUCACUGAUAUCAUCCUGACUUUUAUUUUCCUUGCAUCACAAGAUGUAAAAUACAUUUCUUUGAGUCGAACAAACAUAAAAAAAGGAAUUUAACCUGUAUUUUAACAAAAUUAGAUCAAAAUUAUUUCAACAUUAAAAUAAAAAAACAACUAUCCUCGUUUGAUUUUUUAAUUUUCAUCAACUAUAACAAUAUUUACUAGUACGGAAUAAUCACCUAUAUUUUAUUAAUCUAGUUUCAGUAAUUGAUACAGUUCAUAAUGGAGAAUAGUACUAUAAGAAUUGUCUUAUUAAUCACUUUUAUUCUUCUUUUUCUAUCAAUGAUAGUCUUAUUAAUUGCUUUAAAAAUAAUUAAAAGAAAAGCAUUGGAAUUAGUCAAGGAGGAAGAGUUCAAUGUAAUUAAAAUCGCACUAUAUGAAUAUAUUUUAUUGUUUAAACCAAUUGUAUUCUUUCCAAAUAAAUCUUAUUUAACGAAUGAUGGUAAUAAUAGUGAUAAAAAGGAAUUCAUUCAAUUUCCAAAAUAUGAUUUCAAUUCUCAUUUCAUUAAUUCUAAUGUUUAUAAUAAUUAUAACUCAAUUGAAAAAUUUGUCAAUUUAAGAAAAGUAAUUUGUUUUAAUGAAGAAAUACUUUUAUCUCAGGAAUUUUUUCAGACUAGGUAUGAAUUUGAAAAUCUUAAAUGGUAUAAAAUUUUCAAAAAUCUAGAAGUAAUUUAUUUUAAUGAAAAUAAUGCAAGAAAAAUGGUUUAUAUUAAUAAUGUCAAUGAUUUAAAAUUAGAAUAUUUAGAAAUUUUAAAAAAUCUAAAUGAAAAAAAAUUAAAUAACUUAAUUCAAUUAUCAAAAUUGAGAAAAUUAUCUUAUGAACAGACUUUAUUGCUUAAAUGUUAUAAAUUAAAAGAAAAACAGCUUCGAAAACUUAAAAAGAUAGAUUUUUUCUCCGAUAAUGACUUUUCUUAUGACUUUUAAAUUUAUUCUUUAGUUUCCUUUAAGGUUUGUUUUAUUUACACUUUGUUUUUAAUAAAAAUAUCUGAUUAUUAU